AUUCGCAUCGACUCUCGAAUUGAGCUUAUUGACGACGGAGCAGAAAAAGGUGUAUGUGUCGUUGCACGGAACUCUGUGAUCCCACCAUACACAUCGCUUGUCGAUAUUCCCAAAGCCGCAUUGCUCUCCACUCGGACAUGCACGCUCUCUAACAAGAUGUCCCAUGUUCCUUAUGGCUCGGGUGUUCAUCUUGCUCUGGCUCUGGCUUUGCACUAUGAGCUAUUACUUGGGGAUCAGUCGUUAUGGUCUGGUUAUCUCCAGUCUCUCCCUCUGGAAUCCGAACUCUCAAUCGGCUUGUUCUGGGCAUACAGAGGUUCUGUGGACGACAUUGACGCAGAAAAGGCUAGAGAAUGGUUCCUAGGUACAGAAGUCGAGCAAUAUUUACUUUAUCAUCCAGAUCCAGGUGUCGCUAUUCUCAAAGAGAUAGAGGAAUACUAUCGCGACAUCGCCUCACCUCUACUCAUGUCACUGGGUGUACUGCACUGGACUAUGAGCGGAUUUCAGCACGCAUACUCUUUGGUCAGCUCUCGAGCAUUCAUGGUUGAUGCCUACCAUGGACUUGCAAUGGUACCUAUCGCAGAUGCAUUCAAUCAUACGCAAGAGAACCAUGUACAUCUAGAGACAGACUUCCACGUCUGCGUAUCGUGCGGCUCGCUGAGUGAGUGCGUGCAUGAUGCAGAAGAACUCGACCCCUCCCGAACGUCGAAACACACCACAGCUGCCAGCAUGCCUGGAGCAGCAGUCAUUCGUCCUAGUUCAAACUCAGAAGAGGGUGAAAACUCUUGCGAGAUGGUCGUCAACGCACCCAUAUCUCCCUAUGAGGAGGUUUUCAAUACCUACGGAGAAAAGCUCACCAAUGCAGAGCUCCUGCUCCGCUAUGGUUUUACUCUCGACGGGAACGAGAACGAUGUGGUUAGCUGGACCGUGGCCCAAGUCUGGGAGGCUUGUGGUUGUGCUGGGAAAGGGCUGGACGAGAAACACAUUAUUGACGUGAUUCGGACAUGGCCCAUGCAUACGGGAUGGGAGGACUCCAGCUUAGUGGUCAACACGGAUAUAGAAGGGGAAACGCCGCCAUUGCACAUCACGGCAGAUGGAGCGAUCACUCACCAUCUCUGGACGCUGUGUGUUCUCGCCGCUUGCUCGCCAGAGUGGAAGGGUAAAAGCAUAGGUGAUAUUGUCGCUACUCUUGAGCGUGUCGCGGAAGUACAAAGUCUAGUGGAGCAGAUGUUGGACGAGGGGGAAUGCAUGGCCAGCGAUUCGAUGGCAUACGAAGCUGUUAGUGCUGAGGCCUUACGCAAGGUUUUCGCCACAAUCGUGGUCUUAUGCAGAAAACGUAUGGGUCGGAUAGGAGGUGGGAUGGGAAGCGAAGCCAUUGGGGAGCAUUUGGACACUAUCCCAAGGGAUCACAAGAAGACCCGUGCAGCCAUGACACAUGCUCUGGAAUGUACAUCGAUGCUGGAAAGUUGCGAGUCGCGCUGGAAGGAGAUGGAGGAUAUCGUUGGUAGCGAUAUUCAUCAUCCGACCUCUGCCUUGAACAUAAGAUUAAUUUAG